AGUGAAUUUGACUAGUGUACAAUCAACUCAAUUCGACAUGGCCGUCUUCAUGAUUAACAUCUGUAAAUUCAACGGCUGUGGCAUAACUUUUCCACGCCUGGCAGACCUAAUAGAGCAUAUCGAAGAUGUUCAUAUUGAUUACGAUCCUGCAGUUGUGGAGCAAAAAGAAGCUUCUCAGCCGUCAUGCAUUCCAUUAAGUUACGUUUUAAAAUUUUUCACGGAAGCUUCGCGCCGGGAAUUUCAAAUGACGCCGGUGGCGGAAGCCCGCAAGCGCCUCCUCUCGGCACCAAAGACACCAUCAGUGCGCAGCAGUACACCAACAGGUAGUGAAAUGGACGACGAGGAGGUGAUGAGUCCGUCUGAAGAUAGCAACGAUUCCUGGACCAACGUUGAAGAGUACAGCUCUGAGUACAUUCUACAGUAUGGAGUGAAGAUGAACGCAAGUGCAAGCUCUGGUGCGUUAGGUCCGGCCGCGCAAGAGAAACCAUUUGCUUGCCCAGUACCGGGAUGCAAGAAGCGUUAUAAGAACGUCAAUGGUAUCAAAUACCACUCCAAGAAUGGACAUAAGAAAGACGGCAAGGUAAGAAAGGCGUACAAGUGCCACUGCGGCAAAAGCUACAAAACGGCGCAAGGCCUUAAAACCCACUCGAUAUGCCAUCACGUGAGUCCUUCUACCUCAACCAAUGACAGAGUUCACGUCAAAAUGCCGGGCUUAGUCGUCACAGCCUCACCCGCCCAAAGACAACUCAAUAUCAUAGAUAACAUAGACACAAACAAAUUAGUACGCAUCUACGACAGUAUUAAAACAAAAGAUCUACCCUCAUUCACGAUUCCCAAACAGAAUUUAACAAAUUUAAAUAUAAUCAACCACAACCACAUACGGCAUUCGGUUCUUCUUACACCAAAUGCGGAAAAAAUAAAGUUUGAGAGGAAACCUCAGCCGAAAGUGACGGUCACCUCUCAAGAUUCUUUUAACGAAAUCUCUUUGAGUAACGAACGCCGGGCUUAGUUUUUUACUAAAACAGUUCCUAAAAUACGACCAAAUCACAUUUCAUUUAGUUGGCAUUACUGGCUUUGUGAUUGUUGCCAGCUAAAAUAUAGACUGCGGUCAUUUGCCUAGGUUAAUAGUUUAAUUUUUUUUUUUAAUUAAGUUUUUUGUUUGCUUAAAUUUGUAUCGGCGGAAGUAUUACACUAUAUAUACCAUUUGAUGUGUAAGAACUAACUAAAAUUCACAUCCAUUACCAUUAACAGGGUACAAAAUGUAUAGUGGAAAUAUUCUGUAUAGUCGCGCUGUUUUUAAACAAAAUCUUUAAUAGCUGAAACAUUGCCAAGCAUAUAUUUUCGAAAUAGCGCGAUAUUAUGGAAAAAAAAGAUUAUACAAAAAAAAAUAUCCCAUUGUGCCAUUGUGUACUUAAUAUUUUUCGUGUAAAAUGCUUUAAAUUCAUGUAAGUAAUAACGUAUACUGACCUUUGAUCAAAAUUAUCGUUGCCAUUAAGCGUCCUAAUUUUGACAGAUGCGUCAGCAUUAGAACUUAACAUGUAAUGUUUGAAAAAAGAAAAAAAAAAGGAAAAAAAUGGCAUUUGAUCUUAAAUAUCAUCUAGGAUUAUAGAUAUACUCUUAAAUGUGAUAAUAAUUAUAGAAAAAAAACAUAAAAAAAGCUUGUAAGCGUAUGUAUAUCUAAGUAUUUAUAAAUAGUGAAUAAGGCUGAACUAUUUGGUGUUUAGAAAUGAAGUCUGUUCUUUUGUGUGAAAUAUUUGUGGGUAGUUUGAAAUCUCAAUUUUAACGUAUGUGUGAUAUUAGAAAUUUUAGUGUAGUAAAAAUAAUUUAUUUUAGUUUUUAAAUGUAUGAAGGUGUUGUAAAAAGCAGCUAUUUUCAUUAAAAUAUGUGUUUCCAAAGUUGCAGGUCAACUAUAGCUUUUUAUACUUGUGACUCGUAUUUUUUUCAAAACUAUGGCAAAUAACCCUAAGAUCAGACUUCUUGUACCUAGUUAUAAUAUUGAUGUGAUUCGUGCCUUUUUUAUUUUCGACGCUGUUCUAUGUUUACCUCGAAAUAUUUUAUCGAAAUUCCCAGCACUGGGCCUUACUCUGCUAUGUUAAUGAAGUUUUAAUCUUACUGGUUACGAAUAGCUGAAACUAAGGCGCGUUUUUAUAUAAUUGAGUUUCAGGACGAUGGCAAUACUAAUCACAGAAUAGAUAAAGUUAAGGAUUUUUGAUCGUUUUUUGCUGAUCGCUUUGGUAUGUCGUUUAAAUAUUGCAAAUCUAUAAAAUAUAUUUGUGGCUCAAAUUUAAUUUCCAUUUUUUUCAUUAUUAUAUCCAGUCAAUUCAAGUGUAUGGCUUUAUAACCGUCACAGAUAGCAGAGUUGGGUGCCAGUUUUGAAAGCUGACAAGAGUUUUGGAAUGUUAAGGUGCUAUCGUAAACAUAGUUUCAGAUAGAUCUGUCUUCGUAGUAGAAGAAACAUAGUUUCAAGUCUUGGAAUUAUUUGUCCUUCAGUCCAAAGAUGGUAUUUAUUUGUUGUACCUACGUGUCCUGUAUAUGAAAGUAGCAAUUUUAUAUAAAUUUUAACCACUACAUAUUAAUCUUAGUUUUAUUAAAGAUCGGCCACUCGUGAGGCUGUGUUAAUAUAUUAUAUAAAAAUUGCUUAUGAAAGUGAAAGAUACCUAUUUUGUGUGUGCAUCUGAUUUUAAAUUCUCACUUUAUACUUGGUAUUAUUGGUUACCAUUUAGUCAUUAUUAUCAUUAAGACUGAUAGUUUUUGUUUUAUGGCAACCCCGUCGUACCGAAUGGGAUUCGGAUUCGGUGUUGCCUUACAUUUCGUUUGUGUUAGUUGUAAGACAAAGACAUUAAAAAGGCUCAUUUGAUUAUUUAUUAUAUUAAAAAAACAUCAGAUACACAAAAGCCAACCCAAAAGAGCUGGGCCGUAAUUAUUGUGGCCAAACUGUACUAAGUCCAGAAAGACCUCUUUUGGUCGGAUUUUAUGUAUUUGAUAUAUAGAUAAUAAUUUUAUUAAUAGGGGGAGCCUCGAUAUAGUAUUCUACUUAUGCCACAGAUUCGUAUAUAAACUUAUUUAAUACCUUAGUUACAAUAAAACUUUUAUUUAUUUUCCGCUUGUAAAGAAAUUUCCUGUGACUUCGUGGUGUUACUGGCCAUAAAAGAAAGGUUUAAAUUAUGUCCGGACAUAAAUUUCUUCAAUAUCUUGCUUAAAUCUAGUCUUUUUAUAGUAUUUCUGAGAUACUUGUAUACCAAAGCCAACAAUAAAUAAAACUACGUUUCGUUAUAAUAUUCGUAUAAUUGAUUUGCCUUUUAAGGUUGUGAAAAAUCUGAUUUGAUGAGUAUUUGAUUCUCUAUAGCUGUGCCUCAAGACUUUUCUAAAAUCUGCGUAUUUGAACAUUUUCAGAAAUUUUAAUGUUAUUAACUUUACGUAAACAAAUAUUUAAGUGAGAUGCAAUAUUGCUUUUAAUUAUCUAUGGCGAGAUUUGAGUUUUAAAAUAUUUUGCAGCAGACAUGAGCUACAAUCGCAAUAUAAAGUUGUAUAAAAACUACAUUAAUUUUAGCUUGCCGUACUAUAUACUUUUUAUCUAUGGCAUCUUUUACUUUUUAUUUUUGCCUUGUGGCAUCUUGGCCGGUAAAAGCUUAUUGAUUAAUUGAAUAUAGUAUUUGUGAUUCUCGAUCUCUUUGUCUUACGGUCAUAUGACUUUGACAGAUCAUAAAGCAUUCAUUGAUAUAUUCGUUCAAAUAUGUCAAACAACACAAUUACAAAUAGGUUCAUUAAUGGUUUAUAUAAAAGUACGUUUUAGUUUAAUUAUUUAUUAUUUUACUAUAGGUGUUAGCAUGUAAGAGUUUUAUUUAAAAUUUGUUUUUCAAAAAUUUCUAUUUAUUUGUAGAUUAAAAUGAAUGAUUAAUUGAUUUGCAAGACGUCAUAGGAAACCUGUUUUUAAUUUAUAUAUUUUCUAAAUUAAAUGGCUUAAUAAGACGUUAAAGGUUAUUGUGUGUCUCAUACAAAGUUAGAUAAGUUAUGUUUUUUGAGAUUACAGGUCAGAUCGACCAAAUUUGAGAUGUUUAACAAUGUUUAUGUACGUUUUCAUACUUUAACGACUUACAUGUUUUAAUUAAUAAACUCAUACUGCAAU